CACCUUUUGUUCACGCUACACAUCAAAGUAUCCAUGUGAGCUACAGUGGGAAAUCACGUAUUUAACCAAAGGUAUCAUUGAUGCUGCAACAAGCCAAGAAGAAAAGAUCUUUUGUUAAGGAUGAUCAGCUCAAAGAUCUAUGCAAACCAGCAAAGCCGCUUGGAAAAAAUGGAGAGAUGCUGGUCGUCCCUCUUAUGGCCCACUGGCAGAAGAAAAGAAAGAAAUGUUCGCCAGUUCGUUGCCAUAGCUAGAGCUAGACAAGAGCGAUCAACAAUCCAAGAAAGAGAUCGCCUGUUCAAAGAAAGCCACCCCCUACGCUUCAAAACUUCAAGUCUAAGGACCGAA